AUGGCAAAUAGAGUAUCGAACGAUCAGCUCGAAGAACUGUUGGAAUUUCUUGGCAAACAUCCUGCUUUAGCCAAAGGAGUUGGGCUUGGAGCAAGAUCUAAAGAAACUUUUGACAAACAGUGGAAUGAUCUUGCUACAAAACUAAAUGCUCAUGGAUCUGGGUCAUCGAAAUCUGGUGAACGACUUGCAAAACGGAGGCAAGAUUCUUCGGCAACUGGUGGUGGUCCGAGUAGCCAAGAUGAUUUAUCAGAGACUGACAAAAAAAUAUUGUCCGUCAUCGGAAAGCAAGCUGUAUUUGGUGACAGUGAGCACAGAGUACCUAUAUUUACCACUGAAUCCGACACUGGAACAGUUAAACUUCCUGAGACUGUAAAAUCAACCUUCAACAAGAUGGCAAACAUGCAGGAUUUACACUUCAGAAAUUGCUGUUUCUACACCAGUAAAUACCAAUACACAGACACAGUAUAUGGCUGA